AUCGCUGUUUGUUUCACUGAUACUGACUACGCAACUGACGGUGCUCUCGCUGCUCGCUGCUCGUAUCCUCGGUAUACUAAAGUCACUAAAUAAAGUAUCUAGUGCCUUUAUGCUAAUUGCAUUCAUCGAAAGAACGAUCUAUUCUCGGUGGACGCAGUAUAGAAUUAUACAUUUUCGGCAAUACAAACCCACCAUUGUUUGUCGUUAGGUGUCAUUGUUCGUGCGAUAAACCAGACGCGAGUAAGCACGAGUGAGUACGACACACGUUAUGUCCGCGUCUUUGUAUAAAUACUGAUAUCGUGGUAUAGCGAUAGCACUAGCUUCAACCAGCCUGUCUCAGUGUCGUGUAGUCAUGUUAUAGUUUAUAACGGUCUCUUUAGGUGUAGGUACCUCGUUUGGUUACGUCCAAGUGUGCAAAAGGAACUGUACCAAGUACUUUUUGUAUUGGUCAGCGCCACAUGAAAAUGCAACCAAUCAAAUUUACUCGCAAUUCUGGAUAAUAGGCGUCACUUGCCCUAGUCUAUUUGAUUAAAUUUAGACUCCGUCCGUAUAAUCCUAUUUUUAUGUUACAGUUAGAAUUCCCGCAAUGCUCGCAAAUCUUUAAUCAAUCCCUCUGCUAUCGUCGAUAUAGAGAUAUUUUGUGAAACCACAUGAAACAGAUUAUACGAUGUGGCCACUGUUGGGUAGAGUUUUAGGUAGAUUUGGCAAUUACAUACAACUUCCUAUUGUUUGUGUCAUUGGCUAUUUGGGGUAUCGUAUAGAAGGAGUGCUAUCCAAUCGUUACACACCCAUGACUGCACCGAUAAAACAACAACGCGAAGAAAGACUAUUGGAGGACAUAGAUUCUACAUCAGUCAAGAAAGGACACCAUCCACUGGAAGUGAAUCUUCCUCCGUCAUUAUCCGUGUAAAUGCACCUGUGUUUUGGUUAAAGACUAGGGUAAAUUACAAACAAAAUGCUACAACGUAGAAUCAAAAAUGUAAUUUUAUAAUAGACUGUAGGUUAAAAUAGAUUACAUCAAUUAUUAUACAUUUUGCCUAUAUGCUGAUGGAAAGAUAAUUUCCAAGAAUACACAUGCUUCAUUCAGUGUAGUA